AUCCACUUCCAUAGCAACCUACAGUGUGUAGUUACAUAAAGCUUUGUUACCCGAUUUUCCACAAGUAUUGCAUAAGGAAUUGGUCUUUUUGAGGCACUAGUCAUGCAUAGUGACAUUUCAAUAGAGUUUCCCCAGCUUACUGUUCAUAAUUUUGAGAACUUCCUGACCUCCGAUCACCUGUUUGUUCACACGUUAAAUCGAUUUUUAAGUCUGCCGUGUUUCCCACAGGCUUUGCUGUACAAUGAGGAGACGGAUCAGUUCGAGGUGCCAAGCGACGCGGCAGAGUUCACCUUCAACAAAAUCAGAUCGGCACUAGAAUACACCAAAUCACAGAUCCUUCAUAAGAAUGUCAAAGCGCUGGCAAAAACCCCUUUGGUGGACAACAGUUACGCUGUCUCGUGUCUGGACAGAAAACAGGGGGUUCAGUGGAUUAUAAAGGAAAGAUUGACUUAUUUCCUUCAAAGUAGCUGCUACCAUGAGUACAGAUUAUCCAAGUUGUUGUUUCAGUGGGCACGAAAUAUAAACAUCGACAGGAGUACAUGCAACUGUCGUCUAGCCACGGCUGUUCUGAGUGACAAAGAAGGAUUCCGUGCUCACGAGAACAAUUCAUCCAAACAAGGUUGUGUGAGAAUACAUCAGCUGCUCGGUACAUCCUCUGGCCACAGCGCACAAGUCCACAGAAAUGUCAGUGAAUCAUCAAGGCGUUCUUCUAAGCUGUCUUCCUCCACUUCCUUUGCGUCAACCCUCUACGGUGCUGACAUCAACAUCCGAGAGACAUCAGACGCAUCUCAAGAAAAGCAAAUACAUGAAGAGGCCUCGGAACUGGAUUUGCAAAACCUGGCUGCCCAAAUAGUUCACAAGGUAGUUGACGAUGCUGUCUUUAAGUUGACCGCACAGAACCACAAAAAGUGUACUUGCAUCGAUAAAAAAUGCAAGUGUAUGCAUUGGCACUGUUCAGUUGAUGAGAACACUAAAAAAUCCUGUAAAGAAUGCCAAAAAUGGAGUCGAGGCAAUGACAUUUGUGAUGGGAAUAAGAGCAAAAUGUCGGAGGCAAGUUCAGAAACGGAAACAGUCCAGGAUGUUUGCUGCCAUGGUGGCUGUCACCAAGGCAACCAACCAGGCAUGGAUGACUUCAAGGAGUUUUUGCGUGGAACAACAGGAGGCAGGUUGUUAAGUCUUUGGAUGGACAUUGAGAGGCUGAAAACCCUAAACAGGGAGAGGGAGAACAGCUUUUUGGCUUUAAUGAGGAGCCGCUACCUGCUAAGCAGCAGUCAGAACAGUCUACGCUUGCAACAGCUCUGCAGGUUCGGGCUGACUACCUCCCCCUGCUGGACAAAAGAGAGACUGUGCUCAGUACAGCCCAAAGUCAUGGAGUCAAUCACAUCCUAUUGGGUUCCUCGUUACUGGACAUCCCCUCAAGUUCAAGUAGACCUGAAUGAUCCUGAUAGGGAGUGGUGUGUAAGCCCUUAUUUGGCCUCAAUGACCCCUUGUUCUCUUUGUCCUGAACCUUGGCUUCCGCUUCCCUACAAUCCACAGUUUUGCGAGCAUUCUCACCCAAGCAGAAGCCAAUCACUAGAGCGCACAAGACUGGAAAAGGUUUUACAGGCAUUAUUUGUUGACCCUGAGGCUGGCUCAUACUUCACUCAUUUUUGUGAGCAGUCUGGAAACCAGUUAUGGGAGAAUGCAGUUUAUUUUUGGAAUGACCUCCAGCACCAUCAUGAGCUCUUCUACCAGGACAGACUGGAUCCCUACAGAGUGCAGAGAAUAGCUCAGGUUAUCUGCUCCACAUACCUCCAUAGUUCUGCCAGCAGGAGCAUUGGCAUGAAAGAGGAGAUUAAGAAGGAGGUGUACAACCAGCUGACGCCUGCUUUUGAGGAGCUCUUUGAUAAAGUUGAAGACCACAUCUUGAACAUCCUCAUGGAGGCUUGGACAGCGCUUGUUGACCUGGACAAAAAAGCCUUCCUGCAGGUAGACGUGUACAAGAAUGUACGCUGUGUGAACACUUGGCAAUUCAGGGAGCUCCAGAACUUGUAUGCAGAAUUCAAACAAAACAAGCAUCAACAGCAAAUAACAUCACCAUUGAAUACUGCAUCCGGGCUCUUCUCUCAGGGUCACCGGGACCUUGAGUCUUGGUCCAAUGUGCCAGCACAGUACCAAGGUUACCGCUUAGGCUCUUUACUUCGACACCAUCAUGAGAUCUGGCAUUUUAUGUCUUUCCUCCGAAAUAAAGAUGCCAGUAUCCACCUGGAAUGCUGGCUGGACCUGGAGCAGUACAGGCAGACUCCUCAGAGGAACAAGGCAUUGACACAGGACCGGUCUUCUCACAUUGCGAGAAAAUAUCUCAACUCAAACUAUUUCUUUAGUUCCCAAAGUCCUGCUACUGAAGAGCAACAGAAUCAUAUAUUGCACUUGGCAGGUGGACUGGAGCUUCUGCAAUUCGAAUGUCUCUCAAAGCCAGUUACCGUGGAGAUCCAGGAGAUCAUCCGAUGUCACAUUGAGAAAAAAUGGCUGCCUGAGUUUCUGGCCACAGCAGAGUUUAGAGAGCGGUGGAAACGCAAAGCAAAGGACAGCACGCAUCGACACAAGACAAGAAAAGAAGGCUGGAAGAGUCAGGGCUUGUGGAUGAGUUCCUCCAAGGAGAUCCUUCUUUUUCGACGGCUUCUCCUCAACCCCGCCUCCUGUUUGCACUUCCAGCACUUUGUUUCUCCGAGGGGUGACUUCCUAGAGAAUGAUGUGCUCUUUUGGCUGGAGGUGCAGCGGUACAAGGACCUGUGUCAUUCUCACAGUGACGAGGCCACAAUUCAACAGAAGAUCUCCACAAUCAUUAAGUGUUUCAUCAAUUCAUCCUCACCUCCGGCCCUGCAGAUAGACAUCCCUCUGGAGCAGGCAAAGCACAUUAUGGAGAAACGUCACAAACUGGGCCCUUAUAUUUUCAGAGAGGCACAGAUGUCAGUUUUCAGUGAGUUGCUCAGAUUUUGGCCCAAGUUUCAGGAGCUUAGCAGCAGUGUACUAGAGGGUCAGUUGCUGGAAAUGCUUCAAGAUGAACGAGUCAAACACAAAGCCAGAGUGCGGAGACAAAGGAGGAAGGAGGAGGAAGAGGAUGAGAGGAGAGCUCAGGAGGAAUAUGUGAAACGGCUAACUCGCAGUUCUAGUGAAAAUGAUGAUAUGCAAAAUGAGAAGGAUAAGGGAGUAGAAAAAAGAGCAUCUCAGACUACGAGCGGCCUGACGCUGUUUUCGCCAAAGCCAUUCUCGUGGUCGUAUUCCAAAUACAUGGCAGCUCUGAAGAGAAACGAGAGGCUGCUAAAGAGACAAAGUCAGAAAGAAGCCUCAUUCUCCACAUACUCAGUGUCCUCUGACGGCAGUGUGACGUCAACAGGAAGAAAAGGCAGCCACCAGAAGGCCUCACGGCCAUCCUCCAAGUCACAUGUGAAAGAAAGUCAGUAACAUGGAACAAAGAAUUAUGACUAGAUUUUUAGAUCAGAGAUGCAAGAAAACCUUUCCAGAUGUAUAUACUGUGUGUAAAUGGGUAUAUGUAUACAUAUGUAUGUAUGUAUGUACACACACACCAAUAUAUACACCUAAAAAUGUAUUUUUUUAAUGUGGCAGUUAAAGCCAUAUGACAGCCAGACACAAAUAGUAUUUUUUUAUUAUAAAUACUCUCUAAAUAUAAUUUGUAAGGCAUAGCAAUGAAACCUUACCCAGAUCCCCAAAGUACAAUCGCAUUAUAAAAGGCAAAAACAUGGGUUUGGCAUCAAUGUACAGUGAUAAAGUACAGUGUUACUCUAAAACAUGUUACAUCACACAAUAUCAAAUAACAUCGAUUGAUUUGGUUGGCAGCUGCUGUUUGUGGCUUCAUUCUACAUGAUAGCUGACAGGAAGUCUUUUGCUCUUUUAUGAACUAUAUGUACCAUGUACAUUAGGUCUACACAUAAGAAACUGUUUUGCAAUGAUGAAUAAAAAAUGAAUCUGA